AUGGCACAACUAUACGUUUACUUUUGUCUUCUCUCUGGUGAGUUUUUAUUAUUAUUAUUGUUAUUAUUAUUAUUAUUAUUAUUAUUAUUAUUAUUAUUAUUUGUUGCUGCUGCUCAUGACGCCUAUAUACAAAUGUAGCAGUUGUUGAAUAAGUACUUUUGUUAUUUUCACUGUGUUCAAGUUAUUAGUUUACCUCUUUUUAAGAAAAUAGAAGCCUUACUAUUUCAGCCAAUGAGUUUUGACAUAAAGUUUAAUUAACACUGUGACAUGGACCAACUAUUUCCUUUAUUUUUUCUUACAGCUCUGAGAACGGUGAUGACUUUGACCGUUAAUGGUCGAGUUGGAGGACAUUUAACCUUCAAAUGCUCAAAUUGGAAUGUUUCGAGUAAUGUAAAACACAAUGUCAAGUACUUCUGUAGCAACCCUUGCAAAAAUGACAAACAAAUCAUUGUCAAAGCAGAAUCUGAAAAGUCAAAACUUAAGGAUAGAAUUGAAAUAGUUAACUCUGGAGAGAUUUUAUAUGUGACCUUCUUUAAUCUCCAAAAAUCAGACUCUGGGAAGUAUUAUUGUGGAGUGGAGAGAGGUGGCUGGGAUUCAUACAUAGAAGUGGAUCUAACAGUCAAGGAUGGUAAGUUUAUCUUUUUUUUUUUUAAUUCAAAACAUUUCCAUGUCAGAAAAUGUAUACCUAUACAAACAGCUCAUAGAUUGAUUCAAACUUCAUAAUGUUAUUUUCAGCUAAGCCUUCCAGACCUAAGAAAACUCCAGAAACAGUCAGUGAUAUGGAAACAACAAGUCCAUCUGCUUCUACAAAUGGCUCCACUGUCUUUACUGACAUGCCAACUACAAAUGAAACCCUAAAUAUGACUACAUCUAUUGCAUCAGCAUCACAUGGAGCUGGUAUGAAGUGCAUGCCCCUAAUUUACUGCAUAUGUGUUACAUUUUUUUGUAACUGACUCUAAGUUUAAAAAACCUGUGAGCUGUAUAGAGGGGUAUAAGUCCUGAUAAAACAUAGCCUCUGAUACACACUCCUAUAAACAAAGGGAUUUUUAAACCCAUCUGUGACUGUGUAAACAUUUGUGAGGUCCAAAAAAGAAAGUUCACAGAAGGAGAAAGAUUUUGAGUCUCUUUUAUAGACUUGAAAUAAUAAAGAAAAUCAUUUAAAUUGGUUGUAAAUUAUUCAAUCCAUUUGUACAUUGGGGGUUCAGCUUUUACCUACGACAAGAGUACAGGGGGCUGCAGAAAAAGUCCCCUUUUUAAUUCUAUAUUUUUCUCUUUGUUCUUCCAGGGUACGCUCUAUAUUUGAUUGUAGGAUUGAUUGGUUUGAUAACUCUGCUGAUGGCUGGACUGAUCCUUACCAUUAGGAUAAUAAAGAAACGAAUGGGUAAGGCAGCUGUGCUGUUGUUGUCAGUUUUAUCUUUGUCCCUGGACUUACUCAGUAUAUGACUUUAUCCCUGUGUGUGCAUGCAUGUGUGUGUGUGUGUGUGUGUGUGUGUGUGUGUGUGUGUGUGUGUGUGUGUGUGUGUGUGUGUGUGUGUGUGUGUGUGUUUAGUGGAUAUUGCCAUGCCACAACAACAGCCACCAAGAAUGGUGAGUUUUGUUCUUCUGAAUUGUAAAUCCUGUUUAAAGUUUCUUCUGUUGGAUCUGUCGGCUACAUACUGCUGCCUUUUUUUUCAGCCCUUACACAGCUUAGGAUUUUUAAGUGGAUAAAUGUGAACAUGAAAUAAAAAUGUCCUAUGGCAAUAUCAAUGUGACGAUGUAACAAGGUUUAACACUGCAUAUGUUGUCUUCUGAAACUGUGUUUGUCUCACUGUGUAUUAAAAAAUCUUUCUAUCUUUCUAUGUCCUAAACAGACUUGUACUUAUUGUCAAAUUUGUCUUUUAGUCACUGAAGUAUGAGCGCUUUCUGUCCCUUUCAAACUGUCUCCUUUGAAAACAAAAGCACUUUUUCUCCCCCUAUAGAAUUUUAAUAAAGUAUAUAUAUAUAUAUAUAUAUAUAUAUAUAUAUAUAUGUAUAGUAUUUUAACAUGUCAUUUGGUGAAAAAGUGUAAUAACACAGACUACCACACGUUUCUACAGGAUGGAGACCCUGAUCAAGUCUAUCAAUCCCUCAAUCCUGUUGCAAUAGAUCAAGACCAAGUCUACUGCACCAUCCCACCAAAGCAAACGGUAAAGUUUCACACGCUACACUUUAGCUCUAAUCAAUCACUUCAUAGUUGGUUGGUUGGUUGGUUGGUAGAUAGAAGGACUGCUCAAGAAAGUAAGGAAAAACAUGAUAAUAGCAGUUAAUCUCUAAGUCAAUCACACUUUUGGGACAUUGACUGUUGGGAAAAAGAGGCAAACUGCUAGACAGCCCCUGUUAAAGGUGUUUUACAUGUGGUGGCCACAGUCCAUGCAUAUCAAACAAAAUUUCAAUAACUUUCAAUAAAUGUUUGGUCUUUUUUUUGUUAAGAUCACAGUGGUGUGUAUGCUGAUAAAGCCACAGAUACUUUACCAGCAUAGUUGCCAAGUUUGCUUACUAUAAGCCACUUUGGACUCGUUUUUCUCAGAAGUCGCUUGUAAAUCUCAUGAGUUGCGUUUUUUUGGGCUUGUUUUUCACUAGUAGUUGCUCAUUUGGCCUUUUUUUCUGUCUGUGUAAAUCCCCCCUGAUUAUCUCACAGCUCCCCACAAAAGCAAAGCAAAAUGGGAGUGCAGUAGGUAGUUUGUCCUUUCCAGACCACUAUUUCCUAAAUCGCGCCCGCUCGAGUACUCAGCACCAUGGAUGUAUCAUUAUGAUACGAUAUCUUUGCUCGGCACACCCCAAAAACACACUCACACCUGGCGCAUCAUGCUUGUUGCUGCCCAAUUUGUACCCGGAGUACAACAACAACGCAUGCACUGAUAUUUACAACAGCCAUAUGUAAUAGCCUACAAGACUUUGCGGCAUUAAGUGGAAAAGAGAGAUGUCCGAUAACGAAUGUAACACUCCCCUCCCACAAUACAAAGAAUCACGUUUUAUAUCUACGCCAGUAAGCAGGUUGGAGCACAAGUAGAUAACCAGGAUGGAGAAGAAUUUCAUAAUAAAAAAAGUAGCAUCUCAUAAAUUUAGACUAUUCAGUUAUUUUGUACUAUAUUUGUCAAAGAACAGGUUGAGCGUGCAAAAGGAAUAUGUAGGUGGUAAAUUUUUUUCCCCUUCAGUCAUUGUAUAUUGUUUACUGCGCAGAUCGUGUUCUGGGUACUGAUCGGGCACUGACGAUGCUCAUCAAUGCCAGAGUCCAGAGUGACAGAGACAUGAGUAAGGAGAGAGAGAGUGAGAAUGAGUAAAAGGAAGUGGGGAAAUAUGAUUAAAAAUUAAAUUUUUAACCCUAACCCCUUUCUUUUAAUCAGAGUUUAAAAUUUUUAGUUAUUCAAAGAAUUUAAGUUAUCAUUAUAGUAUUCAAAGUUUUUAUGUUAACUGUGUUUAUUAUAAUUUUGCUGUUGCUUAUGCAUAAUGAAAUAAUAAAUGUAUAUAUCUUUACUGUUAACCAGCAGCCUCUGUUUCAAACAAUGUGGCGCGUUGACUGUUGGGCUUUUUUUGGGCUUGUUUUCAUCGAGCUGGUUUCUUGUUUCUCUCAGGAGAUCAACAUUGUUUAUCAGAUGUAGGUUGGUAUAUCUGAUUAACUUUUGGUGCACGACAUCUCCAAUAUUAGCUAAAAAAUAUGAAAUCAGUUAAGUCAAUUAGUAGUCUUAUUUUUAAACUUCAUGCAGCUGGGCUUAGCUUAAGGAUUGUCAACAUAUUUAGUCACUCAUCAUGGUGACAACGAAAUAUGUUUGUAAAUCAAUAAAGAAAUAUUGAGAAACAUGUCUUCACUUUUUGCAGAAAAGCUUUUCCCAUUCAUUUCAUUUUUGCCCAAAGUUUCAAAGCUGAGGACUUCAUCAGAGAGCUAUGUCUCUCUUGAAUCUCUAUUCACUGAUUUUUCCUCAGUUCAAAACUAUGAUUUUGGUUUCUUACCCUGCUGAUGUAUGGAUAUUGUGUUCCCACAGGUGCAAGACACUGAUCAAGUCUAUCAAUCCCUCAAUCCAGUUACAGUAGAUCAAGACCAAGUCUACUGCACCAUCCCACCAAAGCAAAGGGUAAAGCUCCGCACACUUAGCAUUGGCUGAAAACUUUAGCUCUAAUACAUAAAUACAUGGAUCAACACCAAGCUCCCUGACUCACACUCUCACAUGCCAAGUGAAAAAUUCAAUCGGUAAAACAGAUAUUCCUAUAAUUUCCACUUUUCUUAAUGCAAAACUCAUUUAUCAACCAAAUUGUUGUUAAGUAUGUGCAUGCACAACUGCAUUUUCUUUUAUUUACUUUUGUCCCAUUUGCCCCAUAUUAAAUUGGUCAUCAUAAGUUUCACUCCUGAACCAAUGAACUGUAAAGGGGUAUAUUUUUUUUUUCAGUUUAUGCACCAUUUUCUUGACUAUUUAACUUAAAUGUUUAACUUUUCUUUCUGUUCCCAGAAAGCUGCUCUGGAGUCAAUGCCAAUCAGCACCAGCUGUGGUUCAUAG